AUGGGGUACCAAGAGAUCAAGCACCAAGUAGAGGUGAGUAGUGCACAAGAAGCAGAAGGAAGGAUAUGGAUGAUUGCUGGAAUCUCACUAAGAGCUCCUCUCAAACCAAUAAAGACCAGAAAAAUAUCAGGAAGAGAUUCUAGUGAAGAAGUAGAAGACAUCAAGCUAGAUAUUGAAGCCAUGAAGACUCCUACUGAAAGAGAAGCAAGGAUACCAGAAGAACAACACUGCCCACCAGCUCCAAAGAAGAUGAAGCCUUCUCUUAGAUGUUGUCUGGAUGGAAUUCAGUUCUUUAGUGUGCCAGACUUGGAAUCCAUGUUCAUUCCCCACCAAGAGACAGAGCUACGUACUUGA